GGAAGGGGUGGGGCGGCAUGGCCGCGGUGCCGCCGGGCUGCGGCUAGGGGCGGGUAGGCGGGCAGGAACGGAGCCGGAGCCGUCGGGCAGGACUCGGUGCUCCCAUCCCUGCCCUCCACCCGGCUGAGCUGGAGCCCUUGGCGCUGCGCUUCAUAGCCAGGCACCUUAAUGGAAGCAGAAGUUGAUGGUGGCCCGAGAUAUUUGUGGUGUUAAAAGAGUUGAACUGCAGCUGAAUAAAACAAGGACUGAAAAUUAAAGGAUGGCAGCAAAUCCAUCAGGACAAGCAAGGCUACAGCAUACCUUACGUGCUACUAAAUUAAAGACUUCGACAAGGUCUGCUUCUAUCCUGGUGGUUGUUUAUCCUUUUGGCCUAAAGCUGCCUUGAACGGGUCAGUUUCUGUUGAACCUCUUGUGUCUGCAAGGCAGAGAAGAAUAUUAGUGAACUGCGGUAUUCGUGAACUGUUUGAACUCAAAAUAGUACUGCAACUUGGCCAAGUUAAGUUUGAACUUGAAGCUUUAUUAAGAAGCUGCUAUGUUUGAAAAUCUACGCUUCCUUUCACAGAGUUUCUGCCAUAAGAUACUAUAGCAAGACUCGUACUAAAAUAGAAGACAGUGAUAAUCUUGCACUGUUCCUGAUUUCAGUUUAAAAUCAGCAUUUAAAAUACUAUUCUUACACAUCUCAAGCCCUUCUGAAUCACACCAUCUGCUCCAUAAUAAAUGUUUCCAGAAUAAAAAUAGGGUUGCAAUCCUGGCAGAACUAGACAAGGAGAAGAGAAAGUUACUUAUGCAAAACCAGUCUUCCACAAAUCACCCUGGAGCCAGCAUUGCACUUGCAAGAUCACCUCUGAACAAGGAUUUCCGUGAUCAUGCUGAGCAACAGCACAUCGCAGCACAACAGAAGGCUGCACUGCAGCACGCACAUGCACAUUCCUCAGGAUACUUCAUAACUCAAGACUCUGCAUUUGGAAAUCUUAUUCUUCCAGUCUUACCUCGACUUGAGGCAGAAUGAGGAAUCAUGUUUCUCAGAACUUCAAGGGUCUGGUUUUGGCCAUACCAGGAACUGCCUGACCUUUAAUUUCUUUACUUAUCUUAAAACCUAUUUUUUUCUGGAUUUCUGCGGUUGCCUUUUGGGAAUGUCAGCCCUAGUGAUGAAAAAGCAAUGUUGUUGAACAGUGAUUUUUAUCCUGUAUUUCUGUUCCUAUGUCAGGUCAAAAUCAGACUUAAGACUUCCUUGAUGCGUGAAGUGCAUAGGAAUUGCUCUUCCCUAUUUCUGUGCUUCCUUUAAAUAAAUUUAAAACCAGAGUCAUCAAGAGAUGCACAACCUA